GGCAUGUCGUAAUUCAGUUAUUUUCUUAAUUUAAAAAUCAACAAAAAGUCGGAAUAAUGCUUUGCUGCAAAUUGCUUCAAAAUGAGGCAAAAACUUGGAAAGGCUGUGUCAUUUUCACAAUAAUUGUAUUCGUGGCAUUUUCAAUUGGCUUAACGACAGGUUACAUGGUUAUUAAGUUUAAUACCAUAUUUGAUGGCAUUGAGUCUCCGAAUAAUGUUAUUGAAGCAAUGCGGACUUCAUGCAGUGCAACAUCUGUUGAAACUGAUACCGGGAAAGUGUAUCUAGAACGUUUCCUUGAACGGCAGGAUAAGAUGUUUUCUUGCAUACAUAGUUCAGAAGAGUGUUGGAAUUAUGGACUUCCAAGAACAUAUCUUGUAAAUCAUCUGAAUGAUAAAAAAAUCGAAAUAGAUGGGAAACUAGACGACGAAGCUUGGAAUGAAGUCCCAUGGAGUGAACCAUUUGCAGACAUAAGAAGUACCAUAUACGGAAAACCAAUCUAUGAUACAAAGUUUAAAAUGAGAUGGGACAACGAUAAUUUAUAUAUUGGUGUAUACCUGCAAGAAAAUAAUCUGUGGGCAACAAAUGACGUACACGAUUCAGCAAUAUACAGUGAAAACAGUUUAGAAAUUCUUCUUGGUAUUGAUGGGUUUUCUUUUAACUAUAAGCAAAUCGAUAUCAAUGUUUUAGGAACAAUACUAGACCUUCUUAUGUUUAAAUCGCCAUAUGAGACUAGCUUUGAGAGUGCGUCGGACCUGUCAUGGAAUUCAACGUCCAAUUAUUCUGUACAUUUCGAAGGAACACUAAACACGCCUGGUGAUAUUGAUAAAUUCUGGUCAGUUGAAAUGGCCUUACCCUUUCAGAGACUCUCGGAAGGUUCACAACGCGUGCAUGAUGCACCAAUAGAAGAUGAAGUAUGGCCUACUAUGCUAGGGAGGUCCCAACCAAAUAUAACUGUGAGAAAUGGAAAAUAUGAAAAAGGGCCAUCGUUUUACUGGAAGUGGUGGUCUUGGCAGCCAUGCGAUGCCUUCAACAUGCAUUUACAACAUCGUUGGGGACUCAUUCAGUUUAAACACAACAUCCAUGACAAUGAAUUUAAGUUUCCACAGUGGCAUAUUUAUAAGGCUCUGUUUGAAGUGCAUGAUGCUUUAGAGAAAUACAAGGCAGUUUCGGAAUUUUAUACGUAUACGAUAGAAGCGCUUGACGUCCCGCCAUAUCUACUCUCACGCGCAUGCGUGGAUAUUCCGGAUAUUUUGAUUCGAGGUUCAGAUUUUAACAUUACAGUUAAUUCAAUGCUUAUAUCUGGUAUGAGUGCGCAUAUCCGUUCAGACAGAUACGUGACAUUUCAUUAAAUUAAAAGUAAACUCAUUUCAAGUUUUAAAUGAUACAGUGGAGUUGAGAAAACCUGAUGGCUUUCUGACCGAGGGUAAAUUUACUUUCGGUAUUUAGAGAGUUCCGAUAUUCUCAUGGUCCGCUUUUCUUAACUUUCACUAUACUUUGAUAAAAGCUAUUUCUUCGGUAUAUUUGCUUAAACCUUCAAACUUGCACCUAUCUUAUAUAUAUCGCCUAGAUGUAUUUAUGUUUCUAAUGUUUACUGUUUCAAACUAGAAAUAAACAAGAACAAGAAGAUUGAAAAAAAUGUUUAAAAUUUAAAAUGAUUAAAAUCUAGGAGUAAACUUUUAAAUAUUGAUGAUUUCGUCACUGGACCAAAGUUUCUGAUUUCAGCUACAGGACAUUCAUUGGUGUUUUUCUAUUGACUUAUUCAUACAAUCCUGGAGAAUCUAUUGAUGCUUUGAUUCAUUUCAAUAUCAAUACACGUUUCAUCCAUGUUUAUGUUUGUCGUUCUACUUAAUGUAAACCAUAUAUAUUUAGCUCUGAGCUCUCGUUGUAUUUGCAAAAAUGUGUAUUUGUAUUCAGGUUAAAACACACAUAUACAUGUUCGCAGUAAGGAAGGCUAUGAGGUAAAAUGAAAAAGAACUUUGUAAUACGACAUCAUAAGAAUCUUACUCGUGCUGUCGGUACAGACCAGAAUAUCAAGCACGAAGAUAACUGUUUACGUUGGUAACGAGGUUCUGCUGAGUUUCCUCUAAACAGUUACCCGAGAGCUAGAUAUUCUGGUAUGUAACGGCAGCAGAUGUUUGAUUCUUUUCUCUUACAUAUUACAAAUUAUUGAUUUUACAAAAAAGAAAUUACGAAACUAAUUCACAUCUUCAUUCAUAACGGCACAAUAUGUUAAUCCUAAGAAACGCAAUUCAUUCAUAAAAGGCGCAUUGGAAUGACGUUAUCUAAAACAGUCGACAUGUCUUACAUGGGGAUUGUAAGACAGGUUUUCUAGCAUCAGUGUAAACGGUAGAUAAUCAUAUCUGAUAUGCAAGAAAUAAUGC